AUGGGUAAUUUAGAUGACGAAUAUUGGAUGCUCGCAAAUCACGAGAAUGUUGCACGCAUGCGCCUAAAACUCGAACCGCAAUUGUAUCCGAAUAAGCACGAGAAUGCGGCGAAUUUACGCGAUAAUGCCACAAAUGCAUACGAUCCAAGAGAAAUCUCGGAAUUCGAUUCGACCAUAAAGAAUGCCGUGGUGCGUGACUUCUUGGCCGACGAUGAGAAUUUACAACUCGAAGAAGAGCUACGGCAGUCGAUUGAAGCGCAAUCGCAACAGGAUGUGCCACUAGAGAAAUCGGUUAUCUCACAGGAUUGUGAACUCAUCACGCUGAUGACCAAAGUGAAGGGUAAAAUUGAGGUUAAUCAAACGCUUUUUACAUUCAUCGACCUGAGUCCGCCAUCGGAUGAUGGUUCCAAGCAUGAUUUUCGCUUCCCCAUCAGCAAGAUACGCGAGGUACAUUUACGUAAAUACAAUUUGCGGCGCAGUGCUUUAGAAAUAUUUUUGAUAGAUCAAACCAGCUAUUUUUUAAAUUUUACCACAAAGACACGCAACAAAGUUUUUACAAAAAUUCUAAGCCUGCAGCCGCCAAACAUCUUAUAUGGCUCUGGACGUUCGCCAGGAGAAUUGUUGCGCACUUCAGGACUCACGCAGAAAUGGGUUAAUCGCGAGAUUUCAAAUUUCGAAUAUCUUAUGUACUUGAAUACAAUUGCAGGUCGCUCCUACAACGACCUCAGUCAGUAUCCAGUAUUUCCCUGGAUAUUAUCCGAUUAUACCAGUGAUGUUUUGGACUUGACUGAUCCAAAAUCCUUUCGUGAUCUCUCCAAGCCUGUCGGUGUGAUAAAUCCCAAAAACGAAGCUGGCGUUCGCAUCAAAUAUGAAUCAUUUGAAGAUCCUUCUGGCGCCAUACCGAAAUUCCAUUAUGGCACACAUUAUUCGAAUUCAGGUGGCGUCUUGCACUAUUUGCUGCGCGUCGAACCAUUUACCUCGCUACACAUUGAACUACAAAGCGGUCGUUUCGAUGUGGCGGAUCGGCAAUUUCAUUCGAUACCACAAACAUGGAAAUUGUUAAUGGAUAAUCCGAACGAUGUGAAGGAGCUGAUACCGGAAUUCUUUUAUUUUCCUGAAUUUCUGAAAAAUAUGAAUAAAUUCGAUUUGGGUCACUUACAAAUAACAAAAGAGAAAGUAGACGAUGUCAUACUGCCGCCUUGGGCUACCACACCCGAAGAGUUUAUUGCCAUCCACCGGCGUGCUUUAGAAUCGGAAUAUGUUAGUCAAAAUCUGCAUCAUUGGAUCGACUUGAUUUUUGGCUACAAGCAAAAGGGGCCCAAAGCUGUCGAAGCGCUCAACGUUUUCUACUAUUGCUCCUAUGAAGGUGCCGUAGAUCUGGAUAAAAUAACCAACCCGGUCGAGCGUGAGGCAGUUGAGGGUAUGAUCAACAACUUUGGUCAAGUGCCAUCGCAAUUAUUGCGUGAACCACAUCCGCGUCGUUUGACACAGGAGGAGACUGCGUUGAAAUUGGUGCGCGCCGAGUUGAAGCGACCAGAUUUGACGCAAUUUCUCGAUAAGGUUGUGCAAUACUAUUGUGAGCUAUCAACACCAAAAGAUCCAAUUGUCUUCCUAAGCGCACCGCGUAGUCCGCCACGUUCGUUUCUACAGCUCAGCCCUGACGUGCUCGUCAGCAUAUCCAAAUCUUGCAUACUUGGUGCGAAUUCAUGGAUGUCGUACGACAAAGAACGUGGAUUUUUAUUGGAAAUCGAUGCGACAACCACGAACUUGAAAAAUCGUAAACGCAUAUUCGGUCCCUUUCAUCCCUCGCAAAAUCCACACUCACAAUUAUUCGCUGUGAGCACAGAUGGCAAACUGCUGUACGCGGGUGGCAUUUGGGAUAAUUCGCUGCGUGUAUAUAAUUUGCACAAAGGCAAGGCGGUGGCAUCAGUGACGCGGCAUUUAGACAUUAUCACCUGCCUGGCGUUGGACAAUUGCGGCUCCUACUUAGUGACCGGUUCACGUGAUUGCACUUGCAUUGUUUGGAGCAUACAGAGUCAACAGUAUGGUAGCGCGCAGGCCAGCACAAACAUUCCAAUGCAUGCACUCACAGGUCAGGCGCAUUUGCAGGCGGUCACACAAUUGAAUACGCAAAAUGUAUUCUCGCCCAAACCAUUGACCACUCUGUAUGGUCAUGACGAUGCAAUUUCAAGUGUAGCCAUUUACACUGAAUUAGAUAUGGUGGUUUCGGGAUCGCUGGACGGCACUGUUAAUGUGUACACCAUUCAUAAUGGCCAAUUUGUGCGUACACUAAAGCCAAUUGGUUGUACAGAGACUUGUGUGCAGAUAUCGUUUGUCACCGUUUCAUAUCAUG